AUGGAAGUCAAUGCCUAUAACUUACCUGCUGUCGACAAUAUCCAGGAAAGUAAACAGAAGCCGUCAGAAAUCGGCGGUUUCUUUAGUUUGCCGUUGCACGAAAGGGCUUUGUCGUGUCCUAACAUGGUCUUGCCGAAAAAUUCUGCAGCUGAAGCACUACUAGAGACCGGGUGCAAGUCUACUCCCAAUAUAAUACUGCCAGCUGUCGACGAUAUCAGGGAAAACGGACAGAAACCUUUGGAAAACUGCGAUUUCCAUGGUCUGCCGGUGCACUGCAAGAGAUCAGCUGUGUCAUUGCCCAAUAUGGCCGCGGGUGAAAAAUUCAGUGGCGAUGCACCCGAAAUUGGAUGGCCGUAA